AAACCUCUUCAACUGAAAUCAACCACCACCGUCUCAUUCUUCGCCUUUAUAUAUAAAUUCACCUUUCUGCAUUGCUAUUUUCUUCUAACCACUUUCUCUCAGGUUCUCUCAGCAUUAUUGGCUAGCACUCAGCGCUCUCCAACCAACUGGUGCCAGCAACUUCUUGCUGGUACUCAAGUUGGCCUGCAUCUUGUCUGGGUGAGGAGAGGACAUGACUCAAAAGAGUGCGUUGAAUCGGAGUAGAGCCCUUGAGGGUGUCCAUGGGGUCCAUGUUGCACCUCAUUCACCCUUUGCUUUGACAGAAACUAAUCAAAGUGGGGACUUUCAUUGUUCAACUGGUGGAACAUCAACUACAGAAGCCAAUCAGCUGUUGUUAAUGCAACGACUAUGGCAACAGAGACCAGCAUGCUUGAGACCCAUCCAUGGUAGUACCAGUUGUCAUGGUGAUAUGCAUGUUGCUGAAACAGUUGCCAAUGUGCUUACGUCAAUCCCUUUUAUAGCUAUUGGAAUGCAUGCCCCCAGGAAGAGUCUCAAUUCUAAGUUGUAUGCUAAUUCAUUAAUUGGAGUUGGAGUGGCCUCAAGCAUUUACCAUUCUUCAAGAGGGAGAUUGAGAAAAGUUUUGAGAUGGGUAGACUACACAAUGAUAGCCACAGCGACUGUUUGUCUGUCUAGGGCCCUCAGAACUGAGAACCCAAAGUUACUGAUGGCGGCAUCUGCAGUAGUUCUUCCAGUUAAUCCAAUGAUGGUUUCAGUUAUUCACACUGGGAUGAUGGAAGUAGCAUUUGCUAAAAGGGCAUUGAAAGAUCCAGACUUGAGGAUGGCUCACACAGUGCAUAAGAUGUCCUCAUUACUGGGUGGUGUGCUUUUUAUAGCCGAUGAUUUAUUUCCCCAAACGCCCUACCUUCAUGCCGCAUGGCAUCUUGCUGCUGCUGUUGGUGUUGGAACCUGCAAUAAGCUUCUUGAGUAGGAGUGCACACUCUAUUCGAUAGCUGGGAAGCAUGCAUUCUACCCAGUAAGAAUAGCAUCAACAUAAUUUGCCGACUUUACCAUAAAGUAGUACAUUUACUUGGAUUUGCUGUACUUAGAUGAGUUUAAUGCAAAUGCAAAUUAGGUUCUCAAUUAUUUACCUCCUGUUGUAAUUCUAUAAUCAUUAAUUAAAAAUUGGCACCUUUUAUUCUGGUUUGAUGAACAUGCAGUUAUAAAAGAUCUAGAAUAUAUUU